UCAACUUUAUCUCACUCUCAUAAGUCACAACAGUUUCACUCAUUUCUUAGCUCUCUCAUUGUAUUUUUUAUUUAUAUAUAUAUCUCUCUUUUUAGACGGUGGUUUGUUCUCAAUUUCCAAAGAACAAAACUACGACCACUUCACAUGGAAGGUGGUGUACCGGAGGCUGAUAUAUCUGCUUUCAGAGAAUGCAUGUCUCUUUCAUGGAAAAAUCCUUAUGUUCUUCGUCUUGCUUUUUCUGCUGGUAUUGGUGGCCUUCUCUUUGGCUACGACACUGGGGUCAUAUCUGGGGCUCUUUUGUAUAUCAGAGAUGAUUUCAAAGCUGUUGAUACCAAAAUUUGGCUUCAGUCAGCCAUAGUGAGUACUGCACUAGCUGGAGCAGUGAUAGGUGCUGCAGUUGGUGGAUGGAUUAACGAUCGAUUCGGAAGAAAAAUAUCAAUCGUUACAGCAGAUACUCUGUUUUUUAUUGGUUCUGUUAUCAUGGCUGCUGCACCCUCUCCUGCUGUUCUCAUCGUCGGACGUGUUUUCGUUGGUCUUGGUGUUGGAAUGGCUUCCAUGGCUUCUCCCUUAUACAUCUCUGAAGCUUCUCCCGCUAGAGUUCGUGGUGCUCUUGUUAGUCUCAAUAGUUUUCUCAUCACUGCUGGACAGUUUCUCUCUUAUCUCAUCAACUUGGCUUUUACUAAGGCUCCUGGUACUUGGAGGUGGAUGCUUGGUGUUGCUGCAGCACCUGCUGUCAUACAAUUGUUACUUAUGUUUUGGCUCCCUGAAUCACCUCGUUGGUUGUUCCGCAAGGGAAAGGAGGAAGAAGGAAAAGCAAUUCUGAGAAAGAUUUACCCGCCUGAUGAGGUUGAAGCUGAAAUCCAAGCACUACAAGAAUCAGUUUCCAUGGAACUCAAAGAAGCUGAAGCUUCUGGAAAGAUCAACCUCAUUACACUUCUGAAAACCACAAGUGUGAGAAGAGGUUUGUAUGCAGGAAUGGGCCUUCAAAUCUUCCAACAGUUUGUGGGAAUAAAUACUGUUAUGUACUUCAGUCCCACCAUUGUUCAGUUAGCAGGUUUCGCAUCCAAUCAAACAGCACUUCUUCUGUCUUUGAUCACUGCUGGGCUGAAUGCAUUCGGUUCGAUAUUGAGUAUAUAUUUUAUUGAUAAAACUGGGAGAAAGAAGCUUGCUUUAAUCAGUUUGGGUGGUGUUGUUUUAUCCUUAGCACUUCUUACUGUCACUUUUAGACAGACUGAAACUCAUUCUCCAAUCAUUAGUCCAAUAGAAACCUCUCAUUUUAAUGCCACGUGUCCUAGUUUCAGCACAACUAUGAAUCAUGGUGGUGGAUGGGAUUGCAUGAAGUGCUUAAAGGCUUCACCAAAAUGUGGUUUUUGUGCAUCUCAACCUAACAAGCUUUUACCAGGGGCAUGUUUGAUCUCCAAUGACAAUGCAAAGGAUCAAUGCCAUAAAGGACAUAGGGCAUGGUACACUCAAGGGUGUCCUAGCAAAUGGGGUUGGCUUGCACUAAUUGGCUUGGCAAUGUAUAUCAUAUUCUUCUCACCAGGUAUGGGAACUGUUCCAUGGGUUGUGAACUCUGAGAUAUAUCCUUUAAGGUAUAGAGGAAUCUGUGGAGGAAUGGCUUCUACAACUGUUUGGGUUUCAAAUCUCAUUGUUUCUCAGUCCUUUUUGUCCUUGACACAAGUUCUUGGGAUUGCAUGGACAUUCAUGUUGUUUGGAUUUGUUGCUUUCAUAGCAAUCUUCUUUGUCAUUGUUUUCGUACCGGAAACUAAGGGAGUUCCAAUGGAGGAAGUUGAGAAGAUGCUUGAACAGAGGACUCUGCAGUUCAAGUUUUGGAACAAGAGAGUUGACUCUCAAAAGGGUUGACUUAGUUUGAGUCAAUUUAUGUUUGUUUAAAAGCUUAAUAAUAUUUAGUGAUGCAGAACUGUUUCUAAGGAUAAAUGUGAAGUUGGUGUUUUUAUUAUCUUUCUAAGAUUUUCAUGUUCCAUUUUAGUUCUUAUGUUUUAGUAGUAGUCAUUAAGAACUGUGUAAAUUGGUAUUUUAAUUAUCUUUGUAAGAUUUGAAUGUUUCAUUUUAAUAAAAUUAGUAAAUUUUGUAUCUA